UAUGUCGAAUCGUAUCAAUUACGAAAAUUUAAUAAUUGGACAAGUGGACCAAACCACUAAGAUAGAAGGCAACAAUAUUCAUAAUUUUAACAAGACACGAUCUUGUCAGACGAAAUGGUGCAAAAUCGAAUUUCUCCUGGUAGCCAUGCAGUUCGCCUUAGCUGUUGGCCUUAUUGCUAUUGGAUUAUUUUUACAAACUGUCUCUUCAAGCAUACUUCUUAGGGAUGCUAGUUAUUGGACAGGAAUCCCGCUUUUACUCGCUUCCCUUUGUGGAAUUUUCUACUGCAUUACAGAAACUGCAAAAUUUAAGCAUACGGUCAAAUCGUGCUUAGCCAAGUUUCUUUCUACGUCUACAAGCUUCCUCUGCUCAUUAGCAACAAUAGUAGCUAGCGUCUACUCAGGUUUACAUGGGGGUCGUAUUGCAAAAUAUAAAGGAUGCGUUCUCAUUAAGAAUACGUGUAUCUGUAAUUAUCCUCAAAAUUCAUACGAGUAUGAGAACGUAACAGGCUGCGAUGUUAUUAUCACAAGCGUCAAGGAUUAUCUUAUUUUGGAAAGCGCUCUAAACGCCUUAGCGAGCUGUGUUUGUCUUUGGAUUUGUGGUUUAAUUUGGAAACGACGAUAUGGGAAUUUUAAUUCAGGCCCAAUAUGA